AUGAAGGUUGCAGUGGAAAGAACUUUGUCGAUCUAUAUAACUUGUCACCCUGCGUUCUUCGAUAAGCUUCCAACUUUUUGGGCCGUUAAAUCAAAUCUUCAGGUUUCCAGAGGACUUACAACCAGCCGGGGGCCUGGAACUACUUACCAGUUUGCUUUGUCCUUGGCAGAGCAGCUAUUUGGGGAGUCUGUUGCUAGGGAGGUUGCAGAAUUGUUGUUGAUGAGAACGGAUGAUGAUAAUGCAACUAAGAAGGAGUUCAAUAAUGUUGAAUGGUCUGUUGGCCAUCACGCCCCUAGUGUCCUCAUACCAAUUGCACAUGGUUCUGAAGAGAUUGAAGUAGUGACUGUUGUAGAUAUUCUAAGGCGAGCAAAAGCUAAUGUCAUAGUUGCUUCAGUUGAGAAAUCUCUUGAAGUUUUGGCUUCUCAAGGAACGAAAAUUGUAGCUGAUAUAUUAGUUAGGGAUGCUCAAGAGUCAGCACAUGAUCUGAUUAUUCUUCCAGGAGGAACUGCUGGUGCUCAAAGACUAAGCAAAUCUAGAAUUCUGAAAAAGCUUCUUAAAGAACAAAAUUCGGCUGGAAGAAUAUAUGGGGCGAUCUGCUCUUCACUUUCCAUUCUACAUAAACAAGGUUUACUUAAGGACAAGAGGGCCACAGCCCAUCCCUCUAUCUUAAACAAGGUUAAAGACGAAGCAAUAAAUGGUGCCAAAGUAGUUAUUGACGGCAAUUUGAUCACUAGUGAGGGACUUGCCACUGUCACAGAUUUUUCGUUGGCCAUUGUGGGCAAGCUAUUUGGUAAUGGAAGAGCUAGAAGUGUAGCAGAAGGCCUUGUUUUUGAGUAUCGUAAGUAG